AUGACCGAUAAGGACGAUGAGGAUGAUGAGGACGAGUCGGACAGCAGCGAGGACGACUCUGACUCCAACGCGGUGGUCAAUUUGAACGACGACGACCCGCCGCUUAUCCCUUACGGACUCACUGCGCCAACCGUUCAGUCGAGCAUCAAGUCGACGGAUAUACCCUCCUGGGACGGUGACAAGUCCACUGCGAUCGAGUACAUGGCGACCGUCUACGAGCUGGCGAACAGCGGAGGCUAUCUCAACGAAGCGGUGGGGUUCUGGCUAUGGACCAAGCUGGAGCGUAAUUCACCGGUGUGGAAGUGGUAUAUGACGCUCUCCGACGCCCUCAAAAGGAAUAUGAAGCGAAAUGCUCGCCAGUUCAUGAGCGUCGUCCAGAGCGGGUACCUAGGCACGAAGUGGAUCCGGAACUUGGCUACCGAAUUCCACUUCAACUCGUUCCGCGAACCAAAGCACCGCUUCGAGACGCCCAGCCAGUUCAUUUAUCGCCACAUCCUGGCGUCGCGAGCGCUCGCAUUCGCCCAGAUGAACUCAAGACAGGAAGUAAAGUUGAUUUUGAGUGCGGCGCCCGCGAGUUGGAGCAUCAUCCUGGUCCCCUCGUCGAUAAAAUCAACCGAUGUCCUCACCAACCGAGUCCUGGAGUUCGAGGACGAGCUGUCCACCGCGUCGCGUGCCUCGAGCAGC